CGUGCUGCCACAAUGGACGAGUACAAGGCAAAGUAUGCGAUACAUGAAGCCUGUCGCGAGGGCCAAACUUCCAGGGUUGAGUCCCUCCUCGCGGCGAACCCUAAGCUAGCCUCUCUGCGCGACCCAGACGACCGCCUACCUCUCCACUGGGCUGUGUCCUUUAACCACCUGUCCAUCGUCCAGCACCUGGUGCAGGCCAAGAAUUUCGACGCUGACCCGGCGGAUGGCUCAGGGUGGACGCCGUUGAUGAUGGCAUGCUCGCGAAAGGACGCCGAAGCCAUUGUGGAUCUGCUAUUGAGCAAAGACGCCGACGUCAAUGCCAAGAACAACAACGGCCAGACUGCACUGCACUUUUGCGCGUCCAAGUCAAAUCUCGACAUCGCGCGCACACUUCUUAGCCAGAAACCCCCUGCGAGUGCACGGAUCAAGGACAAGAGGGGACAACUUCCACUGCACCGUGCAGCAGCUGCAGGCAACGUGCCCAUGAUCAAGGCUCUGCUUGAUGCCAAAAGCCCGUUGAAUGCGACAGAUAUGGACGGCAUGACGGCUCUGCAUCACGCGAUGAGCGAAGGCCACGGCGACGCUGCGCUGCUGCUGUUGACUAACGGAGCCGACUUCGACAAGAAAGACAACGACGAACAUGUGCCGCUUGAUUUGGCCCCAGAUGCGAAAACGCGCAAAUUCAUUGUGCAAGCAGCAGAGAGAGAAGGCAUCGACCUAGAAUAGGGCACAGCGACUGCAUGGCAACGUCUUCACAUUAUACCCGGCCACGGCGUUACUGGCAGCAUACUGGACUUUAUAGAAUUUAUGUAUAGGCGAGGCACUAGCGCGUGGUCCUCACAUCCAUGCA